CCCUGAUCCUCCUCUCUGAGCUCCUAGAAACCUGUCCUCAUUUUACACUGGCAGCACAUCCAGAGACACACACACACACACACACACUUUAAAGACACGCGUGCACACACACACACACUCUCAGGUGGAGGCAGGAGCCAUGUUGGCCCUGGUGGCGGCCGGAUCCGUCUUCUUCCCCGGACUGUUCGUUCUGUCCAAACAGACUCUGAAACGCCUGAUGGGAUGGAGCGAAGGGGACGCCGCCAUCGUGUCCACACGUCUGGUGUCGUCCGUCCAGGCCCUCAUGGCCUCGUCAGCCGGCUGCAUCAUCGCCUCGUCCUGCAGGGACGUCAUGGAGGACAGACAUUGGCUGACAGAGGCCUACAUCCUGUUCGCCACGCCUUACUUCGCCUACGACAUCUACGCCAUGUUCCUGUGCUACUGGCACAAGAUGCAGGUCAAAGGUCACGAGGAGGAGGAGGGGGAAAGGGGAGGCGGGGUCAAGUCGAUGGGAGCUGCUGUGAUUGGUUACCUGCGCAGAGAGACGCUCAUGGUGCUGCAUCACGUCUUCAUGGUGGCCUUCUGCUUCCCCACCUCACUGCUCUGGAGGCGGGGUCAAGGUGAUUUCUUUCAGGGCGUUCUGUUUCUGGCGGAGCUCAGCACGCCGUCCGUCUGUCUGGGGAAAGUCCUGAUCCGGUAUAAGCAGCAGCACACUCUGCUGCACAGGCUGAACGGCGUCCUCCUGCUGCUCACCUUCUUCAGCUGCAGGGUGUUACUCUUCCCGUACCUGUACUUCGCCUACAGCAGGUACGCCUCCAUCCCCGUGUAUCAGGUCCCCCUGGUGGCCCCGUGGCAGGUGAACCUGGGGGCCGGGCUGCUGUGGCCCCUGCAGCUCUACUGGUUCACUCUGAUCUGCAGAGGAGCUCUGAGGCAGCUCGCAGCACCACGCUCAGCCUCACCGUGUCUGACGUCCAGCAACGGCUGCACGCCUCAUCAGGAGGACGGACAGAAAGACGGACACUGACGACGACGAAGAAGAAGAAGAAGAAGAAGAAGAAUGAUGUGAGGACAGGAAGUGAGCCAGCAGGUAGAGGACGUUCAGGAGAUGAGAGGCUGCAGACUGACAGGAAGAAGAAGAAGAGAUGAAUGAAUGUGAGAGCAGAU